UCUUCCUCAUCCCUUUUUUCCCCCCCAUUUCCCGGCGACCCAGACAAGUCAAGGCAUCGCUGCCAGCUACCCGACGAGGACGCCCGAGCAAACCUCCGACUACAAUAUCCGCCGACUGCCAACCUCCACACCAUGCCCAACAAACCACCCCCACACAAACAACCCACCCCACCACGCCUCCCCAAAUCCGGCUCCCUCCCAUCCCUCCGCACCCAUCGCCAACCCACACCCUACUCCUCCUCUCUCACAACCCUCGCCUCACCCUCCUCCUCUACCACACCACUCUCCUCCCUCCCCGCCCUCCCCACAAUCCAGACCUCCCUCUCCGCCGCCCCGCACCGCCGCACCCGCCGCCCCUCCCUCGUCUACAUCCUCCCACCUUCGCCGCGCCGCCGGUCUGCUCCGCCGCUGUUUUUGGUUGAUGGGAGGGGCCUGGGGGGCAGGGGUAAGGGGUGGAUGUUGUUGGGGGUGACGGCGUGCUGGUUUGUAGGGGGGAUGUGGGCUCUGGUGUGGCCGGGGGUUGGGAAUGGAGGGGAUGGGAAGGAGGGUGUGAGGAUGGAGAUACCGGUACCGAUGAGCACGAAGAUGUAUUAUGCGAUGCUGGUGCCGCUGUUGCCGCCCGUGACGAUCUUUUUUGUGUUUUUCAAUUGGUUGGGGUUGAAGUUCUUCAGGCAUAAUGCUUGAUGAUAGGGGGGAAAGCAAAGCCGGUGCAAUUUUGGGAUGCAAUGUUAUGGUUUUUGGAUGAGAGAUCAUAACCAACACAUGUAUACAGUUAGAACUAUUAGAGGGUAUAGGGGAUCGCAGUAUUUGCGUGAUGAAAGCUGUACAAAUGCCAAACUUCAGGGCUAGGAGUCUGCGGGGGAUGUUCGUGGGCCGUGCGAUAUUUUGGAACGAGGAUUCUUCACGCUGGGGUGAAGAUGCGCUCGACUUGAACUGCGGGUGUGAAAUACAGGAAAAUCGAAUCCGUUGUGAGGGUGCGCAGAGGAAUGCCAGGAGUCAUCCAUCGUCAAUUCAGCACCUGAC